GCCCGCGCGUGCGCGGCGGCGUCGGGGGCGCGCCCGGCGCUGGGCGCACGUGACUUCCUCCUGGCGCGGCGUCGCGGCGUCGUGACGUCACGCGAGGCUCUGCGGCGGGAAGUUCGGAAAGGCGGCGGUGGAACCGCGAUCUCCAUCCCGGCCCCGGCCCCCACCCCGGAGCCGCUGGCUCUGGUGCAUCCUGACCAUUUCCCUCAGGCUGUGGGAAGAUGUGGAUAUUUGUGAAAUAAUCUGUUGGAUGACUGUUGCCAAAGCAAUGGCCUCCCAAGAAUUUACUGUGUUAUACACUCACCAAAAGAUGAAAAAAUCAAAAACAUGGCAAGAUGGAGUUCUGAGGGUUAGAACUGGCAGAAAUCAGGCUACCUUGUUUGAUGAUAAAGGACAAUGUCUGGAGAGUAUUUUUAUAAAAUCUCAGGUGACUCCUGGAGAUGAUUUCGAAAGUGAGCGGUAUUUAAUCACAGUUGAAGCAGUCAAAGUGAGUGAAAAGCCCUCUGGAGAGCAGCCAAAGAAAGCAGAAACCCCAGCAGUGGAUAGGAACGGUGUCAAACCUGGUCUCCUACCCCCAAGACAUCUCCCUGUCGGCCUGAAAAGGAAGGUUACGGGGUUCCAAGGGCCACGCCAAGUUGAGAAGAAAAUACCAGCCCUGGAAGAUGAAGAAAAACCAACAGUGUUGCCUUUAUCUAAGGAGUGCCAAGGGAGUUUUCCAUCCAAGUUUUAUAUCAGCUCUCCGUUAUUUUCUACGGUUCGCAGGAAGGAUGCAGAAACAAAGCCCUCUGCAGGCUGUCAGGAAGAGGGAUUUUGGGACAACGGCAGAGAACAAAUGUCUGUGUCCUCACUGCUUUCUGCUCCCUUUAGUGACAGCUGUGAGGAGGCAGAGAAGCAAAACUCCAAUCAGUUUGUUGUGAGGCCAGAAUCUCCUCUCCUUUCGGGGCACGCUGGUCCUGGGACAGUGUCCCACCACAUCAGGAGCACAGCACAGAUAAUCGCUCUUCUGAAGUCUAAACCAGCACAAGGACACAGAGAGCAAACAUCUGGAGUCACAGGUUGUCCUGGCAGGUUUCAGGCAGCAGAAAAUGCAGAUUUCUGUGACAAAAAAAGCCCAAUCCUAGCUGCUUUUUCAGGCAGCCCUGCCAAAGGACUCGUUCCAGAUACUCAGCACCUGCCUUUUAUGCAGGAAACUGUAAGUGAUAAAAUGGACUGGAAUUCUCAAUCACUUCCAAAUUCAGCUGGACAACCUUGUGAAGGAGUCACAGGACAGAGACAAGACCAAAAGCCCAACUGUGUGGACAAUUUAUUACAGAAGACAGAGGCAUAUAUUGUACCCAUAGCAGCAGCCCAGAGAGACCCUGGGACAUCUGACUGGCAACCAAAGUCUCCAGGUUCCAGGAGCCUUCAUAAGGAUGAUGCUGACAUUAUCAGAGAAGGGAAUUUUCAAAUGAAGCCUGAGGUUAUUGAAGAGCCAGGAAUAAAUCAGUCCUCACUGGCACUGGAUGUGUGUCCUGAAGUGCCACCAUGGACAGUGUCACCCUCUGAGCUGAGACAAGCACAGUGGACUGCCUGGGAACCUGGCAAGAUUUCAUCAGAACCGACUUCCCCAGCUGAUCCAGACUCUACAAUUUCUCCACCCUGGGGAAAUGAGGAGACUGAUGGAGACAUCCAGGAGCCCCUAACACGUGGGAUCUUACCAAGUGAACCAGGACUCCCAGAUCUUUUUUUCACCCGGGAGAAACGCCGCGAUGCAGAGGAAUGCAGCCUCCCACGCUGCAAGCCCACGAUGAAAACACGAACUCCAUUUGUCACCCUUCCUGCCACCGACGAGAUUCCUGACGUGUUUCACCCCACUGAGAGCGAGCAGGUCCAGCAGUCUUUGGGCUCUUCAGGAAACAAUCUGUGCAGCAAGUCUGUGGCAUUUCCUAGGAGUGCUCCUGGCCCUGAGGACAGGAAUUAUGAAACCUCUGUGUUUGGGGAGUGCAUGGAAGAUGAACAAAGGGGAUCUGUGCCACCAGUGCUCCCUAAUGUGACUUCCCAACGCAGACAAAGCAAGUGGCUGAAGUAUCAAAGCAGUGCUCAGUGUGAUUUGAUCCCUGAGAGCAGCGCUGACGAGGAGGAGGAUGGUGACAUCUGUGCUCAGAGCGUGCUCGGAAUGCCGCCGGCUGUCACAGGAGAGGGCAGAGCCGUGGGGAGCUGGCCCGGGGAGCUCUCCGGGGCUGCAAACACCGCCCACCCGCCUCUGCUCUCAGAGGGGAAGGGACUGGCCCUGCACUUAAGGCAGACACCUUUGGCUGCGGCCACACAAAAGGUGUUGAGUCACCUGAGCUACCACAGUGGAACUGGAGACGACCAGGACAUAACAAUUUCUGAGUUGUCUUUUCCUCCUGUGGAUAAAGUGAAACACGCCAAUCUUCCUAAAAGGAAGAUUUCCAUCCCAGCUGUGUUUCAGUCUCACACUCACUACAAACAGGUUUUUAAAGCUGCUUUGACAGAGCAAUUGAACAUAAUGCUGUUUGAGUUGGCACAGAGACUGCACAAUGCCCUCUCCAAAGUGGAUAUAUCAUUUUACACUGCAGUGAAAGAUGGGCAAAGCCAAGGAAGCUGUGCUCCACUCUGCAACCACAUGCACCCUGCUAAGCUGGUGAUGGUUAAAAAAGAAGGUCAAAACAAGGGUCGUUUGUUCUACGCCUGUGAUGCCCCAAAAGCUGAGCAGUGUUCCUUUUUCAAGUGGAUGGAAGAUGUGAACCCCACACAGACAAAAUCCAGACCGAGCGCAGUGCUCCAUGAUACAAAAAGUAUUGGGACAUACCUCAGGAGUCAAAAGAUUGCUGUCUAUGAGGAGUGCCAGCUUUUGGUGAGGAAAGCCUUUGAAAUUCCAACACAGCGAUACAGUAAGUUCAAGAAAUUUAUGAAUACACCUGCCAGCUUUGAUGGUGACUCCAAACCCAAAUUAUACCUGAAACUAAGCAGAAAGGAGCAUUCUUCUCUCUACAGCAAAGAUGACAUCUGGGUUGUCUCAAAGACUCUGAACUUUGAUCCCAUCGAUACUUUCAUUGCAAGCAGUGCUUUCUUUGGCCCGUCCUCCAACAAUGAAAUAGAAUUGUUACCACUGAAGGGCUACAGUCCCUCCAACUGGAGAUCAAACAUGUGUGUUCACGCCUUGCUGGUUUGUAAUGCCAGUGGUGAGCUGGCAUCCUUAAGGAACAUGGAGGAGCACUUCAAUCCAUCCACAUUACCAAUAAUCCCUUAUCUCCUGAAAAUGAAUUUUAAUUCUGAAGAUGGUAGGAAAAGAGUCAACAAAAGGAAAUUUACUCCACCUGCCAUGAGCCUGAAGUGCUCCAGGACGUCUGGCCCUGUGAGCUGUGAAGUGGCAAUGGGAGUGGCUGAAGAGAUGAUCCAGAGGUUCUCCCUGAACCCAGACCAGGCAGCAUCACUGAUUCACGUGGCUCAGAUGAUGACCUGUGAGAACCCCACAGCGGGGGAGGAACAUCUCAGCUUCCCCAUCACAAUCAUUCGUGGUGUUUUUGGAGCUGGCAAGAGCUACUUGCUGUCUGUGGUGAUCUUGUUCCUCGUGCAGCUCUUUGAAAGCAGUGAAGCCACGGAGGGUCCAAGGGCAACUCCAUGGAAACUUCUCAUUGCUUCUUCCACCAACGUUGCUGUGGACAGGAUACUGCUGGGUCUGCUCGAUCUUGGAUUUGAGGACUUUGUAAGAGUGGGAAGUAUAAGGAAGAUCACGAAAGCAAUUCUUCCCCAUAGUUUACAUGCAGGCUCAGGAAAUGAAAACGAGCAGCUGAAAGAGCUGCUGGCUCUCAUGAAAGAAGAUUUGACUCCAGCUGAAAAAAUAUAUGUCAGGAAGAGCAUUGAGCAGCAUAAACUGGGAACCAAUAAAACUAUUCUGCAACAGGUGAAGGUGGUUGGAGUGACGUGUGCUGCCUGUCCUUUCCCUUGUCUGAACGCGCUCAGGUUUCCCGUGGUGAUGCUGGACGAGUGCAGUCAGAUGACUGAGCCUGCUUCUCUCCUCCCCAUCGCCAGGUUUCAGUGUGAAAAGCUUGUCCUUGUUGGAGACCCCAAGCAACUGCCACCAACUAUUCAAGGGUCUGAGAGUGUUCAUGAGCAGGGAUUGGAGCAGACUCUCUUUGACCGGCUCUGCCUAAUGGGACAUAACCCAAUUCUUCUUCGGACACAAUACCGCUGUCACCCUGCCCUCAGUGCCAUUGCUAACGAGCUGUUCUACGACGGGAACCUCAUUGAUGGGAUUUCUGAGCAGGACAGGACUCCUCUAUUGGAAUGGCUUCCAACACUCUGCUUUUAUAGCAUUCAUGGCAUGGAGCAAAUUGAAAGAGACAACAGCUUUUAUAACAUGGCAGAAGCUCAUUUUACAGUCAAGCUCAUCCAGUCUCUGAUUGCAAGUGGAAUAGAAGGAGCUGCUAUUGGUGUGAUUACUCUUUAUAAAUCACAAAUGUACAAGAUCCAGAAUUUGCUCAGUGGGGUUCACUCCGAGGCUUUUGAAGUCAAGCCUGUCCAGGUGUCCACGGUGGAUGCGUUCCAAGGCGCUGAGAGGGAAAUCAUCAUCCUGUCGUGUGUCAGGACGAGGCAGCUUGGCUUCAUAGACUCAGAGAAGAGGAUGAACGUGGCACUAACGAGGGCAAAGAGGCAUCUGCUGAUUGUGGGAAGUCUGCCCUGUCUGAGCAGGAACAGGCUGUGGGGAAGAGUAAUUCACCACUGCAAAGGAUGGGAAAAUGGCUUACAACACGCAAGCCAGUGUGAGCAACGGCUAAAUGACAUUCUCAAGUCUUACUUGGAGAACUGGGAGGAAGAAAAACAGAGUAAGAAAAAGGAGAAAUAAAAUAUGUAUUGAUUUUAUGAACAAAAUAUUAACUGCAUGUCUAUAGCAAUAGCUCUGACAAUUUUUAAUCUAGUAUUUAUUUAAUGUGGGGUAUUUUUGUUUGGAUCUCAUUGCACUGAUACUUCUGUUUGACUUUGUGGUCAUAUGACUGAAAAUUAUUAAAGUGGUUUAUAACUUUAUUUGGUUUAUAACCAU